CCGCGGCAGCAGCUCCUGCCCGGCCGAGGAGGAGCCGGGGGAGCGGAGCGGGCGGAUCCUCGCUGCUGCCGCUGCCCGGGCUUUGAUCUCGGCCCGGCUCGGCUGGCCCGGGGCGGGGAUGCCGUAACCGAGGCGCGGGCGGCGCGGAGCGGGAGCAUGCUCAUUCCUGCAUCCAUCCCUGCAUCCAUCCCUGCAUCCAUCCCUGCAUCCAUUCCUGCAUCCAUCACUGCAUCCAUUCCUGCAUCCAUCGCUGCAUCCUUCCUGCAUCCCUCCUGCAUCCCUCCUGCAUCCAUCGCUGCAUCCAGCGCUGCAUCCAUCCCUUCAUCCAUUCCUGCAUCCCUCCCUGCAUCCCGCCGUGCCCGCUCCAUCCCUGCCAGCAGGGCCUGGCACAGGGCAGCGGGCACGGAGCGAAGCCCCGGCCCUCAGGAAAAGUGCUGCGCCCCCCCCGAAUUUGGCAUCGGGGCAGGAGGAUUCCCGCGGGAGGCGGUGAUUGCAGCAGCCUCGGGGAAGGCCUCUCCCAGAAGAAACGGGGAUGGAGUCACUGGGAAGCCCCACAGAAGAUGAGACCACGUCCUCUCCUCCCAACACUCUGAACUUUAACGGGGCCCAUCGGAAGCGGAAGACACUCGUUGCACCUGAAAUCAACAUUUCCCUGGACCAGAGCGAGGGCUCCAUCCUCUCUGAUGAUUUCCUGGACACACCAGAUGACCUGGACAUCAAUGUGGAUGAUAUUGAAACUCCUGAUGAGACAGAUUCCCUCGAAUUCCUGGGGAAUGGGAACGAACUGGAAUGGGAAGAUGACACCCCCGUGGCCACGGCCAAGAACAUGCCCGGGGACAGCGCAGACCUGUUUGGGGACGGGGGGACAGAGGAUGGCAGUGCCACCAACGGCCGGCUCUGGAGAACCGUCAUCAUCGGCGAGCAGGAGCACAGGAUCGACCUCCAGAUGAUCAAACCCUACAUGAGAGUGGUGACACACGGAGGAUACUACGGAGAAGGUCUCAACGCCAUCAUCGUCUUUGCUGCCUGCUACCUCCCGGACAGCAACCUGGCAGAUUAUCACUACAUCAUGGAAAACCUCUUCCUGUACGUGAUCAGCAGCCUGGAGCUGCUGGUGGCCGAGGAUUACAUGAUCGUGUACCUGAACGGGGCCACGCCCCGCAGGAGGAUGCCAGGCCUGGGCUGGCUGAAGAAAUGCUACCAGAUGAUUGACAGAAGGCUGCGGAAGAACCUCAAGGCGCUGAUCAUCGUGCACCCCUCGUGGUUCAUCCGGACCGUGCUGGCCAUCUCCAGACCCUUCAUCAGUGUGAAGUUUAUCAACAAGAUCCAGUACGUCCACAGCCUGGAGGAACUGGAGCAACUCAUCCCCAUGGAGCACGUGCAGAUCCCAGACUGCGUCCUGCAGUAUGAAGAAGAGAGGAUCAAGGCCAGAAAAGAAAGGGCAGAGGAGAACAAAGACGUGGCUGAGAGGGAAAGCAGGCCCGUGCCCCCAGCAGAGGAUCAGGAAUCCAGCAUGUCCUGAGUGGGAGCAGCACGGAGGAAUGGAGAAGGAGAAGGAGAAGGAGAAGGAGAAGGAGAAGGAGAAGGAGAAGGAGAAGGAGAAGGAGAAGGAGAAGGAGAAGGAGAAGGAGAAGGAGAAGGAGAAGGAGCAGCUUGGCCCUCACCCACCUCAACGACCUUUGGGGACAAGACCUUGCCACCACCUUCUUCCAAAUCCUGUAAAUCCUGGAGCCCUCCUCCUCUGCCUCCAAGAUGCAAAGUCCUUUAACCUUUUUGGGAAUCACUUUUCUUUUUUUUUUUUUUUAAAUAAGAAGAAGAAGAACAAAAACCAAACAAACCCCCCCAAAAAAACGAAGCAAGAAGGGCACUUUACAGGACAUUUCUGGUGUGCUUAGGGAAUGGUCUGUGGGGAGCGUUGGCAAAUACUCGCUGUGUAUCCUCGGAGUAAGUCAAGAGCAUCCUCCAGCCCAGGAAUCUUCAGCCCAGGAAGAGAAUUUCUUUUUGGUUUUGAUGACAAACCCUUCCCUUCACUCGCUGCGGAGCCCGUCUGCUUCGAGCUGCACCCCCAGGUCCCUCCAGGACACCCCAAAAGCUGCCAGCCCCGGGAGCAACGACCCCGGCAAGGGGAAGAGCUUUCCCUCCUUUUUUCCAGCUGGUGUGAGUUUCUUCUUGAAGAUUCCAAGUUCCCAUGACCUUGGCAGCACUGCCAGCUUCCACCAUCCUCCAGAACUCAUUCCCAUGAGGGAAUCCCGUGGUUUUUCCAUGGAUUUUUCCCUGGUUUGUCCCAUCCUGGUGUGUGAGGGAAGUUUUCCCCUCCUUUUUUCCAGCUGGUGUGAGUUUCUUCUUGAAGAUUCCAAGUGCCCACGGCCUCGGCAGCACUUCCAGCUUCCAGCAUGUCCAGAACUCAUUCCCAUGAGGAAAUCCUGUGGUUUUUCCAUGUUUUUUUCCCUGGUUUGUCCCAUCCUGGUGUGUGAGGGAAGAGCUUUCCCCUCCUUUUUUCCAGGCAGCAUUUGUUUCUUCUUGAAGAUUCCAAGUUCCCACAGCCUUGGCAGCACUGCCAGCUUCCAGCAUGUCCAGAACUCAUUCCCAUGAGGGAAUCCUGUGGUUUUCCCAUGUUUUUUUCCCUGGUUUGUCCAAUCCUGGUGCGUGAGGGACGUUUUCCCCUCCUUUUUUCCAGCUGGUGUGAGUUUCUUCUUGAAGAUUCCAAGUUCCCAUGACCUUGGCAGCACUGCCAGCUUCCAGCAUGUCCAGAACUCAUUCCCAUGAGGGAAUCCUGUGGUUUUUUCCAUGGAUUUUUCCCUGGUUUGUCCCAUCCUGGGAUCCUGAAGGGAUCCCACAGAACCUUCUCCUGGAGGAACACGCCCCAAAGGGUCUGGCUUUGGAAGGAGCCCUCCAGGACAGGGAAGUUCUCCACGCCUCGUCUGCGUUUCGAUGUCGCGCCGCUGGAGAAUCCCUCGCUGCUGAGGCCUCCGAGGAGCUGCUGAAACGUUGGGAGAUUCCCUCACCCAGCAGCAUUCCUGCCUGGAAUAGCCCCAAGGAGAGGGCAGGAGGCAGGGCUGGCUUCUGCAGCUGGGAGGUGACUCUUGGAAUUCGGGUUUUGGACUCGUGAGGGUUCUGUGAGCAAAGGAGAGGGGGGAAAGAAAUUAAGGAGCAGCUGUCUGGCCAAAAUUCUUUGGAAAGUCGUGAUUCCAGAGCCAGAGCCAGCUUGCAUGGCCUCGGGAUGGAUCCCUGGAAGUGUCCAAGGCCAGGCUGGACGGGGCUUGGAGCAGCCUGGGCCAGUGGGAGGUGUCUCUGUCAUGGCAGGGUGGGACUGGACGGGAUUUAAAUUCCUUCCAAAUCAUUCCAGGAUUCCAUGAUCAGGUAAAACCCCUCUCAAGCACCUGCAGAAGAAGAAUUCCCUGCCCGUUUCUUCACUUCAUCACCCCUUUCAUUCCUCAGAUGAAGAAUUCCCUGCCCAUUUCAUCACCCGUGGCAGGGUGGGACUGGACGGGAUUUAAGUUCCUUCCAAAUCAUUCCAGGAUUCCACGAUCAGGUAAAACCCCUCUCAAACACCUGCAGAUGAAGAAUUCCCUGCCCAUUUCAUCACUUCAAGGAGAAUUCUGGCACAGCAGGAUUUUUCCUGAAGGUGGGGAUGGCUCCUCUGGCCACACGAAGCUGCUUUUCUCUUCCUUCCAGUGAACAAAACCACUCUGGAUGAGAUCCUCCUUCCCCUGGGAGCUCCAAGGAAGCACCAAAAGUACUUUUUAACCUUAAUCCUCAUUUGAGAUGUUCUCCUCACACGGUCCAGCCACGGAUGGAAAGCAGAGCUCUGCACCCACAGCACCAACCCAGAGGCUGAAGAUGGAAACAAAAAAAUUCCACAUUCUAUCUAAAAAAAAAAAAAAACACCAAACAAGCUCAUUAUAAACCAAUUUUUGACAAAAUAUUUCAAGCUGGAAGGGGCUUGGAGAACCCUGGGAUCGUGGCAGGUGAUUUAUGGUCCUUUCCAACCCAAUCCAGUCUGGGAUUUCACAAGGAAUUCUGUGCUUCAAGGGAAGAAGAUUCCCCCAGGUGUUUGUGGAGCUCAGGUUUAUUCCAGGUGACACCUCCCUGCUGCCCUGAGCUCCCAGCUGUGUCUGGAGGCAGAAACAGCAGCCAGGAAUUCCCAAAUUCCCACAGCAGAGCUGGGAUCGCUCCCACUGGCUCUGUCCCAGGGGCUGAACAGCCCGGAGAGGUGAAGGAAGGAUAAAAUCCUUAAAAUUUGCUGAUAAAAUCAAUUCCAGUUCUGACUAUGAACACUCACAAAGCUCCUCGUGGACCCAGAGGCUGGGACUUCACUAAGAACACUUCAAGCUGAUUUUCCUUUUUUUAAUUUUUUUCCCUUUGUUUUUGUGGAUUUAGAGAAAAGCCAUCGUUUUUCCACCGAGAACGUGACCCACGCUGGCACUGCAAGGGAAAUCUGCAAUUGUACAACGAUCAAGUGGAUAAAAUGUCAGAUGAUGGGGUCAAAACCCAACUCCAGGAAGAUUUUGUGCGUCCAGAAACGUUCAGAAAUACUGCUGUGAUGGAAAAGGUGGAUGUGGGAGAUAAAGAAUACCAAUCUCCUUUCAUGUGGGGGCUCUGGAUCCUCAGCAGUCUCCACACCAGAAUGGAACGUGCUUUUUUUUUUUUGGUUGUUUCAUUCCUUCCCAAAACCACUCUGUCUGCACUUUCAGGGAAAAAAAAAAAAAAAAAAAAAAAAAAAAAAAAAAAAAAAAAAAAAAAAAAUACAGAAUUCCUUCUCAGAAUGAGCCGAUCUGACAAUGAAACUUCACAUUUUUCCAAGUAAUUCCUUCAGAGCAAGGGAAUUUCAGCUGGGAAAAGGACAGAUCCCAAAUUUCCCUUCACGAGGUGGAGGUGGGGAGUUGUUUCCACACACAAAAAAAAAAUCAAUUUUUAACUUCUUGGAAGCGAUUUUUUUUGUUUUGUUUUGUUUCCAAAAGUGCCCUUUGUGAUGGAGCACGCCAAGUGGUGUGCACUAGAUUUUCAUUUUUCACAGUUUUCCAAGCAUGUAAAGUUUACGUUCAUGGAUGGAUGGAUGGAUGGAUGGAUACAUGGAUUAUGUUUUUGUCUUUUAACACAAAGAAGAACCUGCAGCUCCAUCGAAGGAGAAAUUAGAAAUGUCAAAAGUGCAUUUUACAGCAGAAAAAAAAUAUUAAUUAGCAUUAACUUAUUUCAACCAGUGAUUUCAGGCAUUGAUGGCAAAACAAAAAGCUACAAAUUCUUGGACAAAAAAUACAAAAAAAGAAAAGUCCCUGUCCCAAAGGUGGAGUGACAAAUCUCAGCUGGGUGGGGAGAAAUCUGCACUGCUGCUGGUGGAAGUGCAUUUCCAGUAGGACUUUGACCAGUAUAUAAAUAUAUAAAUAUGUUUAAAGAAGAAAAUGAAAUAAACUUCAUCCCUUUAGCAAUACUGCUGGACUGCUCAGCGUCCCAACCGUGCCCCAGGCCCCACAAAACCAUCCCUGGAGGAUCAAGAUCUUCAUUUCUGAAUUCCCUGGAUUACAUCGAGCACUUUCUGGUCUGAUUGGACUUUUCCUGAGAUUUUUUUUCCUUCCAUGGGAAGUCACAUUUUAGCUGCAGAAAAAGUUCUUUUAUGGCCAUCUUCACCGAAAUCCUGGUGGUUUUACUCGUCGUGUGUUUAAUGGCCGGACCUCAAUUCACCCCACAUCAGCCUGAAAAAUCCAAUUUUUUCCUGUUCAGCUCAUUCCAGAGCAGGAAUUCCCUUCCCCUCUCUUGGAGGAUUUAUCCUCAGCUCCAGGAACUCCAGCUUUUCUGGUUUUUCCACCCAGAUUUGGGACUGAGCGUGGAUUUUUAUCGUGGUUCACGAGGAACCAAACCAGGCGAGGAAUUCAUCCCAAUUCUCUCUGUCCAGUGCUGUGUAAAUGUCAGUGGAUAUUUAGAGCUUCCCUCAUGGUAAUUUUGCCAUCUUUAUUUCCCCCCACAGAUGUGCAGAAAAGGUUUUUUAAAGGCAACAAAUCCAUUUUUUUAGAGGAUUUCAAAAACCCAGGAGUCGAGGAAAGGCUGGUGGUGAUGGGCUGGGAUGGGCCUGGAGCAGGAGAAAGGAACAAAAACCCCACAAAAAGCACAUUUUUCUCUUUUUUAUUUCCUCCUUUCCUUCCUUCCUGGCAGGUUUUGGCAAAGUGGAGUUGAGAACUCACCACGACAAUAAACCACAAUCCCAGGGGUUUCUUUUUAUUUUAUUUUUGUUCCUCUCCAGCCCAACCCCAGCUGUACAAACGUGUGAAAUGUCAUUUUCUGCAGUGGUUGUAAUUAGGUGGUUUGUGCUAGCGGACUCUUCAUCUGUACCCUGAGUUUUGCUUUGUAUUAUUCCAUAAAAUCUGUGGAUAUUCCAUUAAAAUGAGACUAAUCCUUCCGCCAA